AUGGCACUGCAUCAGACAUCCAGAGUUAGGGUUUGCCCGGGCGCGGAGUAUGGAUCUGGUCCAGGCCACGAGGCUCGCAAUUUAACAGUCCUGGCCAAGUUGAAGAUCGGCCUGCUCGAAAAAGACUACUUCUCCCCUUGCUCCGACCCUGUGCAACCAUACGCUCAACAACGCAAGGCCGUUGGCUGGCUCAGCCACGCCCGGCAAGUGAAGGGAUGCGAGCAAAGGAAUGCGUGUCACCGUCCGGCUCAUUUCGCAACCACCACAGACCCCUCUUCGCAGUCCUACCUCGCCCCUGGCACUGGCACUGGCCCUGGCACUGGCAGUCAGCAUGCUCGCAACGACGUAAAAAGCAAACCUCUCCCUGCAGAAUCCAUUCCUGUGCCUUUCCAGCCGGAGCGCUCCUGCGAGGCUGUGACCUCCGCUCUCCGUCCAUGCCACCAGGUAAUUCGUCAUGUCGACCUCCGUCUCCAUCCCCAUGACCUUCCCGCCCGGCGUGAGGGCCCCGCUUACGGCCGACAACGCGAACGACCACAGCGGGCUCGUCGUCGUCCUCACCUCGUUUUACGUCGUGCUGAUCUUGGCGAGUGUUUCGGCGAGGGUGUUUUCGCUGCAUCGGAAGCGGAUCGUACGGAGUAUGGGGUUGGGUCUGAUAACCGAGACCGACAGGCUAUAGCAGUCACCCAGGCGUCGGUUGUCUUAGCCCAGGUUCAUUAUGGCUGGGGGACUCGGCUGCGCCCUAGUUCGGGCCGGGAUGUAGAGGGGAUGCUCAAGACCGGAUACGCCGCCGACAUCCUCUCCAUCGUCGCCCUAGGCCUGUCCAAGAUAUCGACCUGCCUAUUCUACGAAGCGCUCUUCUCCCAGUUACCGCGCCGCGUCAUCCGAACCAUCCUCGUCGCGAUGAUAACCUGGACGGCACUAUCUAUAUUCCUCGUCGCGAUCCGGUGCAGCAGUGACCCAUGGUACGAUAUCAGUGCACGAUGCGACGGCCUAUGGCCCCGCUGGCAAUCCAUAACAGCCCUCGACAUCAUCACAGAAAUCAGUCUGAUCGCCUACUCCGGCUGGGCAGUAAGCACGGUCCAGAUCUCGCCGAAGAAGAAACUCGUCGUCUUCCUGGCGCUGGGAUGCCGCAUCGUCCUCAUCCCCCUCUCCGCCCUCCGCCUCUACUACAUCAAGCGCCAACUCACCGCGCGCUCGCCGGUCCUCAUCGGCGCAUACGCCACAACCAGCACCGAAAUCUACCUCUCCCUCAGCAUCGUGUGCCAAAUCACCUCGUCGCUGAAAUUCAUCAUCGCCGUCUACGAGGAUAAAGACGGCGUCUCGUAUACGGACCGGUAUGCGCGCGCGUCCGGCUACAAGAGGUCCGGCGGGACGGGGGUGUCGAGUGAGUCCCCGUCGGUCGGGAAGAAGAGUCGGAGUUAUAGCCAUAGCCAUAGCCAUAGUGCUAGUUUUGGCCAGGGUGCAGGGGAUCGGGCACGGCUUGUUGGGACUAGGGAGGAGAGCGAGGAGGGGCCGAGCGGGAUGCAGAUUCUUCGCUCUGUGCAGUGGACUGUGGAGGAUGAGGCGAUUGAGCUUGAUGAGAGGACGUGUCCGAGUUCGAGGCCGGCUGUGCCGGUGGCGGCGAGGCCGGUUUAUUCGUCGGCUAGGUAUUAG